GGGGACGUGGCAGUGCCUGCAGGGGGUGGGGACAAGGUGUUGGGCCCACCAUUAGCACCAUGCUCCUGGGGAUCCUCGUGGUGCUCUGCUUCAUCCCCACUGCUGAUGUAACAGAAAACAAGAUUUUAGUGGCUCAGCAUCCUUUGCUCAUUGUAGCUAACAAAACUGCAACUCUAGUCUGCAACUACACGUACAAUGGAACAGGGAAGGAAUUUCGAGCUUCACUGCACAAAGGAACAGGCAGUGCAGUUGAAGUUUGCUUUAUUUCAUGGAACACGACCAAAACUAGCAGUAAUUCAAAUAAAGAAUUCAACUGCCAGGGGAUUCAUGAUAAAGACAAAGUCAUCUUCAAUCUUUGGAAUAUGAGUGCCGACCAAACUGACAUCUACUUCUGCAAAAUUGAGGCCAUGUAUCCACCCCCAUAUGUCUACAAUGAGAAGAGCAAUGGGACCGUCAUUCAUGUGAAAGAAACACCCAUCCAAACACAAGAGCCUCAGUCUGCAAUUCCUUUGUGGAUUAUGGUGUCAGUGACUGGAGUUCUUGCUUUCUACAGUAUGCUAAUAACUGCAGUUUUUAUUAACUACUGGCAAAAAUCCAAAAAGAAAAUGUACCAUCAGAGUGACUACAUGAACAUGACUCCCCGGCAUCCACCAUACCAAAAGAACAAGGGUUACCCAUCCUACGCGCCAACACGAGACUACACUGCGUAUCGGUCCUGGCAGCCGUGAUACCCACCAGCUGCCCCACCAGCCUCGUGUGCUUCUAGGCAGCCACUUGCUCUCGGACAUGGAAGGACAGCCUCUCAUUUUCUCAUCGUGCUUGUUGUUAUUGAUCAUGGAUACCUACACCAUAGCAAGUAUUGGCUAACAAACAUAAAAAGGGGUUGGGUGGGAAGCAAAAAAGGAUUGUUCUCCAUGAUGGCUGAAAAUGAGAUACAAGAUACAACUUGUGUUGAGGGUUGUCAGUGGGUAAGACAGAAAGAUGGCAUCAGACCUCAGAGCUGGUCUCUGCCUAAUACUUGUGGUUUUGCUCAGCUGUUGGGAGAACCAGAACUUCUGACCUUUCCCAAUAACUGCUGCCUUAGAUUUAACUCUUAAUUUCCCUUUCUGUAUGUCUAAUCCUCAGAAACCCUUGUUGCUGUUAAAUAUGGCGAAAUGUAAAAAAAAAAAAAAAAAAAACAAAACACAAAAAACCCCAGAAACAACUUGAAUUUGAAUCUUGAAGACAUCCAAGCUAUUAGGCUGUGGCUCAAAUGGGCCACCAGGACAAAUCAAGCUGAUUAAUAGAAAACUACUAAACCUUCAGCAUGCGAGUCCUUAGGUUGAACAUUUUUACAUGUUCAUAAGGCCAUUUGAAGUCAUGACUGAUCAGCUCCACAGAGUGAGAAAGUAAUCAACCUAAAGACAAAAUCAAGACAAGCAGGAGAGGAAGAAAGAUCUGUCGCAGUCAUGAAGAACCCCAUUUCUGUUUUGUUUGCCUCCUAUAGUGAGGGAACACAAAGUCAUAUGGGAAGCAUUAGAAAAUGCAGAGGUCAGAUUUUGAGGAGAGCUUUACUUACACUUUUGAAUUUUUGUUUUUAUCCAAAACACUCUGCUGAGUCCUCCUGAAAAUUCACGCACUUCUUCUGGCAUCUAGGUUUUACCAGAGCUCUUUCAAAAAUCUGAAUCCAGUUAUGAGCAACUAAACAUCACUCAAUUAUUUUUUUUCCCAUAAGGACCCAAUUUUUGGGUUGUGAGAAGGUCCUUCAUUCCCACCAUUGUGAAUAGGACCUGCAAAUGCUCAGCCACCUGCAGGGAAUGCUCUGGGCAAUUCAAGGAACUUUGCGUUGACUGGAGGUUAUCUUUCUAUCUAAAGAUGUUCUUCAGGAAUGCUUCAUGCUGGAGUAGGACAAAGUCUCAGAAAAACUUGCUUCAUUCAUUCAAUUAAGCAUGUUUACAUUAACAAGACAUCCUAAACUGUAAUUUGGGUUGUCUUGGCAUAAAAUCCCUUUUCAUACUGAGGAGAUGAGAUUUAUUUUAUAGGAACUACUGAAUAAACAAUUACAUGAAAAAUAAAUCCAUAUUUCCACCUUGAAAUAAAAUGAGAUUGUACAACAUUUACUUUCCUCCAAAUUGGGAUAAGACAUCAUCCCUAUCUUCGAGGGGGCAUGACAAAAGUAGAGAUGUGGAAGUGUGGUAAUAGUCUGCUUUGACAUCUUAAUUCAAGAAAAAAACCUCGGCACUUCCAAAUUGGAAGUUUUAUUUGAGUUUACUGACUGGGCCCCAAAGCAUUCAUUCUGAGACAUAUUGCCAUGAACCGUGUCCCUGGAAGGUGCUGUGGCCCCUCUGGGCAGUGGUGAGGUGCCUGCUGUCCCCCCAGCCAGGCACAGCUCUGCCAGGGCAGGGCUCAGAACCCACAAUGGCACUGGCGAGUGAGGCCUGAGAGCCCACUGCCAUGAGGCAGUGCUGUGCAUUUGGCACAGGACCAUGGGUUUGGACCCAGCAGGCCCUGAGAGCUUCAUUCUGGGUCUGUUCAGCAAACCCAAAAUCUUAUGAUCGGGUUGAAGAACUUCAAGACAGAGUAUUUUAUUUAUUUGUUCUCCUUUCCCCUCAGCACAUGCACAAACCCCCCAAGUCUGACAUUUUUCUGCAUACAUUUUUUACCCUCUUUUCCUGAAAAGCCCCUUACCGUGCCUCUGUACUACCGCCGAGGCACAAAGGAGCAUGUUCAGGGCACGGAGGGGAGGGAGCUCGGCAGGACCCGUGGCAGUCCCUGCAUGACCCCAGUGUGGCCCUCCUUGCUGGCACUGACUGCAGGGAUGUGAAUGCCGUGCUGCCUCCCUCCUCACUUGGAGUGGAGAAGUGGGUGAUCCUGUGCCAGGGGCAUCCAGCCACUCCUGGUAGACUGCAACAGGCUGGACACAGCUCCCCGUCAGGGUAUGGCACUGUCUCACCAUGCUUCAGGCCAUCUAUCAAUGUUGUCAUUGUAUAACACACCAUUAACAAGUGCUCUGAUUACAAUGCACAGCGAAAAGUCACAUCUUUUAGUGCAAAUGUAAGGUGAGAUGUCAAAUGUGUAUCAAAAGCAUAACAAAAAAGAUAAAUAUUCUUUGUUUAAACUGUA